UGCCCCGAGAAAUAUUGAAGGCAGCUCGUCUCGCAAUUGGUUUAAGCGUUGACACACUGGAAUGGCCGUGUUUAAAUCGCUAGGUAUACCUGCGAGGCAAAACUCGGGGAAAACAUACUCGCCGACUUGCGGAAGUCGGUAGACAGUUGUACCUUUCCCAAAAGAAACAAAAUGGACUCCUGAAACUACACGGAACGUUAUAGGCAAUCGUUUUUAAAGGUUAUUGGAGAAGAACCGGGCCCCGCGAUCAUUUAAUUACCCUCAUCACCGAACAGCAAUUACAUCUUGCUGGAGACUGGAGAAUAUUUCCCAAGCUCUUCCCCUUCUGAACCAAUGGAAGGGUCUGACAGUUCAGAGCAGAGUGGCAGUGACCAGCUGGAGUCCCAGCGUCGGAGGCAGCUGGAUCGUCUUGACAGAGAAGAAGCCUUCUACCAAUUUGUCAACAAUCUGAGUGAUGACGACUAUCGUCUUAUGAGGGACAACAACCUUUUGGGCACCCCGGGAGAGGCAACUGAGGAUGAGCUGUUCAGUAGACUUCAGAAUAUCAAAAAUGAUGCAGAGCAGCAGACUAACACACCAAGUACAGAAAAUGUAGAGGAUCCUGCUGCAAUUAUAGAACAACCUGAAACCUCAGAAGAUCCUGCUAAUGGUGAUAGUCUCCUAGAAUGGCUCAACACGGUGAGGCGCACAGGCAACACAACCAGAACUGGUCAUCGGGGAAACCAGUCAUGGAGGGCAGUAAGUCAGACCAACCCAAACAGUGGGGACUUUCGCUUCAGCCUGGAAAUCAGCGUUAAUCGCAACUUAGCUGAGCAGCAGGCAGCUGCUGAAGGAGAACAGCAGCCUCCAGAGUCUCAAGCAGAAAAUGGAAUACCUGAACCACCCGUUCUCAUGGAGACAGGAGUGGUAGAAGAACGAGUAGUUGAGCAAAUGGCUGUCAUAGUAGAGCCAGAGCCAGAGCCUGAACCUGAACGGGAAGAGACUGUUUCCAAUGAGACACAUGGAGACCCCUCCAGCUCACCAGUUGUUGUCUCAGUUCAACCUACACUUUCUCUGUCUCUACGUAGAGGACGUAGGAGAGCUCGGAGCCGCAGUUCUGAACCAUGCAGAACCAGGGCUCGUGCAGCCCGGAGCCGUUCCCCCCUCCGUUCAGAUCAGAUGGAAGAACUGCCUAAUCCUCGGUUUGCUCAUACAUCUCAAGGACCCAGCACUGAUACCAGCGCUCCACAUGUGCCUCAAGUGGAGGGUAGUUCUCGGACUCGACAGCAUGUGCUUUCCAGACAAAGUGCUGCAGAGGGUGAUAUUCAGCAGCCCAGGAUUGAAACGGAACAAACUCCAGAGACCCAAAGCGCUGUUUCUCAUGAAGGGGAAAGUGGAAUUGAAGGUGGUGCAGCUGGACGAAGGCCACCUACUAUAAUGCUUGAUCUUCAGGUGCGUCGGGUGCGUCCGGGUGAAUAUCGCCAAAGGGACAGCAUUGCCAGCCGUACACGUUCGCGGUCACAGAACUCAAACAACACAUUUCUUUAUGAAAGUGAGCGUGGUGGAUUUCGCAGGACUUUCUCACGCUCUGAGCGUGCUGGUGUCCGGACCUAUGUCAGUACAAUCCGUAUCCCUAUCCGUAGAAUAUCGGAUGCAAGUUUGGGAGAGGCGACCUCAAUGGCUCUCCAGUCUAUGAUUCGACAGAUCAUGACCGGCUUCGGUGAGCUCGGCUACCUCAUGGAUUCGGACUCAGAUUCUUCCGAUUCCAACCGUGCAGCCAGUGCAUCUGUGGAUUUGGCUGAAAACACCAGUAACCUAGAUGCCCCCACUCUUACUGAACCUGUUGUUGAUGAACCACCUGUGCCUACGGGAGAGAGUGCAAGGACAGUUGAGCCUGCUGUCGAUGAAGGACUUGCCACUGCCCCGCCAGCCCCUGGUGGCAGGGCUAGACCCAGAGCCCCUGUCAGCCUUGAAGAGCCAAGGUCAUUGCCCCUCCUCCGACUGGCUCACUUCUUCCUAUUAAAUGAUGAAGACGAGGACCAACCCCAAGGGCUGACCAAAGAACAGAUUGACAACCUUGCCAUGCGCAACUUUGGAGAAAGUGACGCCUUGAAGACUUGCAGUGUUUGUAUAACAGAGUAUGCAGAAGGAAACAAGCUCCGGAAGCUUCCUUGCUCCCAUGAGUAUCAUGUGCAUUGCAUUGAUCGCUGGCUAUCAGAAAACUCCACCUGCCCAAUCUGUCGCAGGGCCGUUCUGGUGUCUACCAAUAGAGAGAGUGUCGUGUAGUGUAGUCCACAACAAACCUCUUUGGCUACUCUUUAGUGAUGUAAUAACCCAAAUUCAUGAAUAAUUUUAAAGAGAAAAGUUUGUUGAAAUAUAUCCCAUCCAAGCCAAUAGCAAGUUUUUUUUUCCAAUCACCAGAUUGAUUUGGGUUGCGCCACGGUGGCAGUGAUGGAGGUUACGGUUGCUGUUUGGUAUUCUGGUUUUAUGAUAUACCCGGUGGAACAUUGUUGGUUAUCAUGUGUGUGCAUUUUCUUUUGAACAGAGCGUCUACUUUGUCUCUUUCCUGGUUUUAAGGCUUAGGUGCAAUCUUGACGAAAGACCAGGUACAACAAAUAUGUUGUUGUAAGGUGGAGACAAUUAGUGUGUAUUGAAAAUGGCUGAUUACCGCAACCUUCAUUUGGAGCCCUGAAACAGUCAGUCAAUACACUCAACUACUAAAGUCCCACUGCCCACCGGUCCUAAGUUGGUCUCACACCAUGCAUGCUGUCUAAAUUAACCCUUUAUGUGAUUUUUUUUUUUUUUUUUUUUUUUUUUUUUUUUGCACUGUCUCGAGUUGUGUGUGAAAGAGAGCCACUAUUCUCAAGAAAACAAUCUGUUUAUAAAAGCUGUGCACCUGCAGGCAGUUUGAGCAGCUCAAAUCUGCACCCUUUUUUUUUUUAUUUGUUAAAGCACCUAAACAAUGCCUUACAUGCCAUAAGGUGUGUAGUGGUACAGUUCACUUAUUCCUGGUCAAAGUAUUAGCUGUAAAUAAGCUUGUAUAAAUACUUUUGGAGUCAUCCUUUGUAUCAAUGGUUUUAAUUUUGCAUUGUAAAUCAUAAGAUUAAGGGUUUAUUGGCCCGUGUUACUGUCUACCAGGGCAACCCUUAAUUUACAUAUAAACAUAGUUGGGAUAAUUAUACAACUGAUUUUUAUUUAGUUAUUGAUAUGGCCAAAUGAGGAGCUUGUUGGUUUGCCAUUUCAUGUAUACACUGCCAUGUUUGCAAUGGCAUAAUGUACAGGUGUAAUAAAGUUUUAUAAUUGAAAAAGAACAUGGAACACAAGUUAGAUUAAGAAAUGCAAGUCAACUUUUGGAUUUGGAUAUAUAUUGCCAUCAAACAAAAGUUUGACUUUUAGCGAUACCAGUUAUUUGGGAUGCCGCAAUAUUGGUUGUAUAUAUCUGAAAUAAUACUGUUGACAGUUAAUUUCCCCACUUUGCCUUGACUAAAAAUCUUAAUAUACCUGGUUUACGCUUAAACGUUUCCUGGAUUUUAGAAAUACUGGGCAAUUGCACCCCACAAUUAUUCAAUUGAUUUACUUACAAACUUACAACUACAGAUGAUUUGCUAAGCUAAAUUAAAUGUAGCGUCACCUUUUCAGUUCAAAAUGGGAUAACUUACAAAGCUUAAUUUCCAUCUAAGUCCAAAGUUUUCUGUCUGAAAUUGGCCAAUUUUGAAAAGGAUCCCAUCAUCGUGCGUCAGUCUUGAUCAGAUCCUGUUAGGCUUUUUAAGUUGUUCAGCCACAGAUGUUCAUUACAUCCCAUGCAAAAGACAAAACAGAAAACAAUAUUAAUGUAUGGUAUUAAAUCUGUCAAUGGCUGAAAUCCUUAAUAAAGAUGUUUUGCAUUAUUAAA